AUGGCGUCCGAGUUAUCUGUAGGGGAUUCCGUUCCAGAUUCAGUGGAACCUGGAUGUUCUGACGAUCAGAAAUACAUUGACCGAGUGAAAAAAUUUCUAAAGCCCCUCGAGAAUCGAUGGGACUAUGUUCAAAGCGUUCUUCUGUGGGAAAAACCGAUUCAUUCCUUGUGUUAUUUCAUCGUGAUGACAGCUCUCUUCGGGUGAGUUGAAGUGCGGGGUUAAAAUGCUAGAGAGAGAGAGAAUUCAUUAUGUAAUGCGCUGACGUGAUGUAAUCUUGACCACAGUUCAGUGGCAAGUGGACGUUUCCGUGUUGUUCUGCUGCUGGUUGUGAUAAUAGCGUCAUCAUUGCUCAUAGAUGAUGUGAGAUCCAAGGUGCGGUUGUUGCUACUUGCAGGUACGUCAUUAACGAACGAAUCCACUUGUUCAUCGACUUGAGAAUGUAUUUCCGACGGAUCGGAUGUGUUUAAUUAUAAAUGACUCUUUUAUAAACUUUAUUAACAUACUUAUUUCCUAAAUUCGAUCAGGUGGAUUUGGUGAAGUCAGCGAUGAAGACAGGUAAGCAGAUUUUGCGACUAUUCAUAAUAUUUUAGGAGCCGCCGUUGUUAAUCAACCGAAGCUUAUAUCUUUGCGGUUUCACUGACAGCAAAAAAUAUUUUGAACACAACCAUGACAUAAACUACAUUGUAAUCAUCGUCAUUUAAAAUAAGUGUUUUGUUUUUGUUUUUCUGAUUGCUGACACAAAUUCUUGUGUUGCCAUAAAAAACGUUUGUUACCGAAACGAGCGAAUGUUAAGAGAAUUUACAUGUACGGUACAUUGUGAACCCCAUUAAUUGAAUAUUUAAUGUGGUUAAUAUUUUAUCGCAUAGAUUCCCCAGAAAAAUAAGCUAAUCUCGUUUUCUAAAUUUGUUAUUUAUUACAGCCGAGAUACAACACUGUCUUUUUCACGACUGUGUGAAAGAUUGGCAGCAAUAUGGAGUUUCUUCAUGACUUGGUUUGAAAGAGUAAAUAGAAUGAAAAGUGAGAACAUAUACAAGGUAUGUAAAUAGAGAAUAUUACACGGUGGCGAGAAGAUAUGAAUUUUAUGUUCGAGUGGCUAGAACAAUAUCUCACGAGUGAGCGCAGCGAACGAGUGGGAUAUUGCUCUUGCCACGAGAACAUAAAAUUCAUAUCUUCGAGCUAACGUGUAAUAUUCUUUUUAUUAUAUAAACAUACUGAUGACAGUGUUUUUGAUGAUUUUCCGAAGAUUUCCGACCACCUUCCGAAGAUUUCCGAAGAUUUUUCAAAUUGUCCCGAAGACCAGACGAACGUUCCCGAACAUUUUCCAAGAAUUUCCGAAAAUUUCCGAAGAUGUCCGAAGAUUUCCGAAGAUUGCUGAGCACUUUCGAGGAAGACCCAAAGAUGUUUCGAUGAUACACCAACAAAUUUAAGUACAAUUUAAGAGACAAACCUGAUGUCAGUGAAAUUAUCGAUAUCUUCACAUGUAAAAAUAUCGUAUUUUUACGUGUGUUCAGAUACCACAUUUCUCGGUGGUAGAAAUCCUUGUAAAACACUGCAGUUUAUGUAAUAAAUAUUUUUACCUAAAUUAUGAUUAUUUUUUAGCUCUUGAGUAUUCUGAUACUGGUAGCUGGUAUCCUUUUAGUUUAGGCAGCAAUGUUGCAUUACGGAUAUGUUUUGCUCUGUCCGUCAGAGGGGAGUGGCAGAUCUAGACCUUCAGAUAAGGGAGGGGGGUGGUCAUCCAGACACUGAGAUAAGGGGGGGGGAGGGGGCGACUGGUCUCAAAAAUUUUUUUUCAGCCCUUCGGGCCUCAGUUUGGUCUAAAUAUAACGGGGGCGGGCCCCCCGGCCCCCUCUCCUGGAUCCCACCACUGGAGAGAGAGGGUGGAGCAUAGGAAGGCCUGGGGGAUCCCUUUUAAGGUGUUGUACUUGUCCUCUGCGAGGGUACUUAAAAAAACAGGGAGUAAAGGUAAUACAAUGUAAUCAGGUUUACUUUGUAUGUCUCUGAAGAGGAAAGCAAAUGAUAUUAAAACAGCCUGUUCACACAAUUCUGCGUUGUAUUUCAUGAUGGUAUGUAUUUUUUGUGGUUGUUUUGGGGUCUUAUAAUAAUUAUAAGACCCCAAAACAACCACAAAAAAAUACAUACCAUCAUGAAAUACAACGCAGAAUUGUGUUAUUGAUGACAAUUUUCAUUUUUCUCCCUCCAAGCUUUUUCCUUUAGGGGAUGAGGGUAUCCUCCCAUAUUUAAGUUUUUUUUAAGGUAUGUGCUACAGCAGACUUGCCAAACCCCAAAAGGCAGAGAUUCUGAAAUCAGAGCUGGGAAAAGUAGUGAGAAGUGGGUAAAAAGAUAGCAGUAAACAUCACGAUUUUUCAAGUUAGGUUUUUGUAAUUUCUAUGUUCUGUCGGUAGCCAUUUUGAAACAAGAAGAGCAGUAAGUCUGCACAUUUGGUGGUAGUGGCAAGUCACGGGGUAGGCUAAAGAAUGUAGUCAAACGUGACCACUAAGCAUUUUCUUUGGAUUGAGCUGGCUAUCUAUUUAUAUCUAACUUGGAAAUGAGCCCUUCAGCUCCAAAAUUUUUUUGGACUUGGACUUUUUGAGAAAGCGUGAGAAAUCAGUUGCCAGCUGGUGAGAGUGUGAGGUAGGUCAGGAAAUCUCUGAGACUAUGAGACUUGGCAUGUCUACUACAGAAUAGGAGAGUCAUGGGAUAAGGUCUCUGUGACACAAAGCAACAUGCACCCUUUUACCAAGUUCCAAAAAUUUUGGUAAAACCUCUCUUUGCAUAUCCUGCAUGUAGAAAGUCAGACAGACCUGAAUGUUGGCAAGGUUUGUAUCCUCUUUCAUCCAGGGCUAUCUCUAAAAUUUCAAGUUGCUUAGUAUAUGCAAUAAGUAUGCAGGGAAUUGAACACUGCUAGGUAGUCCCUUUGGUUUUAUUUCCCUUUUACUUCCUGUGAAAUUAACUGGGAGUUAUGCUUUUAGUAGCUGGGGGAAAUCCCUGGUCCCUCGCACUUAGUGACAUCCCUGUUCAUCUGUUAACUUUUUGAUUUGAUUUAUUUGAAUGGUUUUGAUUUAUAAUUAUUUUGUUGGCAUGGCAGUGAUAUCACCAUAGGGUCAGCCCUUGUUGUUGUUUGAGAUUUGUUUUUUUUCUUGAGUACUAAAACUAUGUUCAAAAUUUAUAAGUUUCCAUUGUAGGUGAUCAUGAUAAUUUUUUUACUGUCAUUUUUGCAGUACUAUGGAGUGUUAUUUGGACUGUUACUUGCGGUGGUGUUUGCCUACCAGUAUUUACCUUUGAUGAAGAUUUUUUACCUUUCUGGUAUGUUCUUCUUCAUUUUUAUCUGUUAAAAAUGCAUACAAAUACACAUUUAUGAAGUUUACUAUGAACAUUUAUAGAUAGAUAGAAACUAAUAGAUAGAAACUUUAUUCAGGGUCGUUGUUAAGUUUUGAAGCAGCCAUAGGAAAUGAAGACUCACCCGUAACAUAUCUCACAAAAAUCUAAAGUGAAAUCUUUAACUUUACACUUUGGUCACUUGUAACAUCAAGUGAGCUCAGCCGUAACUGGUGUUACAGGUUAUAGGCCUUAAUGACAGCACUGUUUUUAAUGUGUCAGAGCUAUAUAGCUUGGGAUACUAAUCCGCAGAUUCGAUCAAAAUAAAGUAUAUUUAGUUAUGUUAUACUUAGAAAUGAUAUUUUUGUGAUUUUUACAAGUUACAAUUAUCCUUGUACGUAAUUAUACAUGCAAAUUUUGUAGCUUCACCGAGGGCUUUGUAAAUACCUUACAUUUAUUUCAAAUUUCCGUCCCCCUCCUGUUCCCUUAAGGAACCUUUUCAGUUCAAGUACCUCUUUCUUUACAUAAUUUAAAAUCUGAUGUAUGCUUUCAGUGAUUCUCUUUCCAUCUCUCUUGGAAUGAAACUGUAUUUGUUUGUUGUAGCUUGUGCCCUGUACUUCUGGCCUGUAAUAAAGCACCAUGGUAUACACAAAAGAGUCAAAAAGACCCUGGAUCCAUUUUAUAUGCCCUUUGUUGUUCAGUGGCAACAUACUAGAACAAAGCGUCAGAGGGAUGUCAGUGCAAAAGGUAUUUAAUUCUUCUUGUCCCCUGGUGGUCAGUUAGUCAUGGUACAGCUUAUGAGAACUUAAAGACAUGAUUGCCCACGAUCAACACCCACAGAGGGGGGCAAGCUUAUUUUCAUGAUGCUGUGAUGGACCAUUUUUGGUGUCCCUGAAUCGUGAUGGCGACAUCCCCCCCCCCAAGCAGCCGCCCUUUCAGGCUUCUAUGACUCAGGCUUAAAAGGCAAAACUGGCUAGCUACGCCCCUGAUUAAUCAACUAUGUUAUAUUUUUGUUUUGUAGUGAUUUCGGGAGAACAACCAGGUAACAGUGAUGACGAAUUUGCAGAGGACCUGCGGCCGCUUGUAGAGGAGACAACUGUCAAUCAAGAUGUCACUUUGCGGGAGUCAGAGCCUAGCUCAUCAGAACCACCCACCCCUGAACCCCCUCUACAAGUCAAGUUUCUUGAAAAAGUUAUUGCGUCAGCUGUUUCUCAAGGGCUCAGCUCUCUCACAGAGUUCAGUCAGAAUCAGAAUGAUGAUGAUAGCACUCAAGCUGGUAAAUAAUAUUUUAUUUUUUAAAAUUUACUUUAAUCUCUCUCUCUCUAAUAAUCCCCCUGGGGUUUAUUUCAGGGUUGUCAGCAAAAUUGGGUUACCAUGGUUACCAGCAUGUCGUGAUGCCCCCUAUAUAACAGUGUCUUACCACUGUUUGGGGAAAGUGGCCAUAAGGUCACUGACACUGACACUUAUUCCAGGCCAAUUUUUUUUUUUUUGGGAGGGGGAGGGUGGGGGCUAUCAGAGAAGGGGCUCACAAUGUAUUUAAACAAGGAAGGGUAGUCCUUGGUGUCAAGAAAUUUGGGAGCUCUCUUCUAGUGUUUCAACAACAUUUGACCAAUAUGAUGGUUGAUUCAGAGGUUUUAGAUCAAGAAAUAGUACCUGAGCCCAUGCCUCAGCCCAUUCCUCUUUUAUUUUUCCCCCAGCUGUUUGAUAAGGCAUAAUUUGCCUGCAUACCAAUAUAUUAUGUCCUAGUAUCUCAAAUAAGUCUGAGAGAACAGCUGUACCACCAGUACUUUUCCCCAGCGAAACGAUGUCUGAGGAACAAGUGCAGAAAUUCCAUACUGUCAUUUAUGUAUCAUGACUCGAUCAGAUCUGGAUGUGUGUGAUUGGUCACGCCACAAGAGAAAUUUGCUUAAAAAAACAGAAGCACUUCCCAGGUCUGGGUAGUGACACAUCAUCAGUAUGGAAUUUCUCCUCUUGUUCCUCAGACAUCAAUCUGCAGGGAAACCAGUGAUGGCAUCACAAAUUGUUGGUUGUUUUUUCAGGCUAAUCUCAAAUGCUUUUUUGUUUCUUUUCAAGCAACUUCUGGAAAUUCAUCACCAGAUGCUGAAAGUUUUGACAGUCCUUCCUUAAUUUUGGAUAGUCUUCAGUUUCCAUCCAUAAGUCAAGCAGGGGACACUCUUGAAUUUGAAGAGGGCGAGUUCAUGAAAGGAUUAGAAUUCCCAGACAUUGGGAAAGAUUCUGACUCAGAGACUGAAAAUGUUCAUCCAGUGAGCAGGUCGGAAGUGGACAGUAAACCAAAAACAGUUGAAAUUGAGCAAAUGCAAACAAAGGAACCCAUUGACAGAGUUAACAGUCAGACAGCUUCAAGAACACCUGAAAGUGCAUUGACAUCAUCGGCAAAUAUGGACGUGUCAGACUAUGAGAUGUUAGACCAGUCUGAAGCUGAAGGGAUGGCACCAACAGAUGAAACAGACAAUGUUGAUUCCCAAAGCGGACUGGGAUCAGUGACUAACUAUGUGGGAAAAUGGCUUGGGUACUGAUUAAUGGAUAUGGGGUGGAAAAGAAAAACCUCCUCCUUGUAUCCACUUAAACAGUGAAUAGCACAUGUAGUAAGUCAGUGAUAGAAAUUCGUAUUCUGACCAAUAAUAAUUACAGUAUGUCCUCAAAAUAGUGCCCAGGUAUUUACAUUUCAGUCAAAAUGGGGAAUGGGAGCACUUCUUUAAAGAAAAUCACUUAAUUAAUGGAAAUUAAUUUCCUUGAGAUGUCCUAAGUAUUCUUGGUUUGCGUCAUUUGAUCAGGAGGCCAUGUUAGUGGUCAAUACGAAAAUAACAAAGAAUACACAUGAAAAUAGAGUUUAGUUCCAAGAAGAGAGAAAUGCUUUUGUUCUUGAUCACCAACAUGGCUGUUGUGGUCUCACAUGAUAACCAGCAGUUGAAGCAAAUGUGGAGGGUGGGGGUUGCUUGUUUGGUUGAGGCAGGUCCUUGACUACUUGGGAGGCUGGUAAGGGCAGUUAAGACUGUUCAGAGUCUCCUAUUUUUCAUAAUGCUGUCAUGAUUAAGCAGUUACCAGUACAGACCAGGCAGCCAUCUUGUUUUUGUAUGCACCAAGCAUUUGGGUUUUUAGUGGUGGGUGAGAUCAGUUUCUUGCCUCCUGCCAAACUGUCUCCUACUCCCUAAGUAAAUUUGACACUCGUCCAACAUGGCAGCCUGUAAUGCAAAGUGUUCAAUCUUGACGAUAUUACCGAAAAAAUAAAUUAUAGGGGACUGUGAAUAGUCUAGGGCAGUUUAGUAGGGCUGUGCUGUAGCAGUAGGCAGUGGCAUUUGGUACCCUACUCUUCCUCUUGGGCAACUAGGAAGUCUUGAGCUUUUUCCUAUAAUUCAUAUGCUGGGCAUGCUAGAUUUCACGGGUUCCAAGCACUGGGCUACCUCCAAUUUCUUAGUUCACAACCUUGCACAAGCCAACAUUUGAGGAACUGCAUGAUAUGAAGGCUCUAAUAUUCUGUACAAUUUUAAAUGUGCUUGUAGAGAUGUAGAAGCUUUUAAUAGGUGGGAAUAUCACAUUCUUUUUGGUGAUAAGAAUAUUUAACACUUAUUUUCGUGCUAUAGAUCUCAGUAAAACUUAUACAACUGCAAUUUAAACCAAGAACCAUACUUUGUUGACAGACAGUUGUAAUAAUCUCCUUCAGACACCAUGUAUGAUCCCCUCACUUACUAAGACCAUUACAUUUCCAGGCACAUAAAUUGAAGAAAAAAAAAGUUAACAGCCUCAAAAUAUUAAUUUUGUUUCUGCUGCACUGAGGUUUGGUGGGAUUGAACCAUUGUUUCUGUAACAAUAGGGUUUUCUUUCUCACUCUCUCUCUAGUGUGUGUGUCAGAUUAAUCUUAUGUAAGAUGAAGUCAUUUAGUAACUUAAAGGAUUUAAUUGAAGGAGCGUGUCAAAUAAGUUGCAAGGUGACUCUUGAUGUACAGUUAAAAAAAAAACUUUCAUUCUACAAAAAAAAAUUAAGGCAAUUUAGAGAGAACUUGCACAACACCCCUUCUAUUUAUGUAAAUAAUGCUGCAAAUGUUUGGUUCUCUGGAAACCUCUUAGGCCCGGUUCAAACGUCGCAUUUUACAUGUACCGAAUCUAAUGCAAAUGAAAACAAUAGAUUUUCCUCAUUAGCAUUAAAUUUGGUACAGCUGAAAAGCGACGUUUGAACCAGGUCUUAGUUAGCAUCAACUUAUUUAUUUACAAUUACUAAACUGUCACCUUGGGGUGGAUGUUCGAUGUAAGGGACAACAUAUUCGCGAUUUUUAUUUACUGGUGUUCUUUUGAAAGGUUCUACUACAGUUUUGACCCCUCUGUGUCACAAUGCCAUGAGGGACCAAAUCUGUACUGGAGAGGGUUUUGUUCAGUUUGGGGGAUAGAAAAUUCUGAAUUUUUAUACACAACUAUUAUUUUAAUAUUAAUGAUAAAUACCGUAAGAUUCUGAAAAUAAGCCCCUCCAUGAAUAAGCCCCCCAAACUCAUAACCCAACAAAUCAUCUAUUAAAUCGCCCCUCCAAAUAUAAGCCUCCCAAGGGGGCUUGUACUUGGAAAUUGUCCUGUAGUACAAAGUGAAACAAGGAAAAACAGUAAAUUUCUUUCCAAAAAUAAGGCUAGCCCAAUCGAUUUUGAAACGCAAAUUUCCCUCCGUACAUAAGCCCCUCAAAAAGGACCUUUGAAAAAUAUAAGCCCCUGGGCUUAUUUUCGGAUUUUUACGGUAACAUAAUCGCAAGGUGUAAACCAGCUUGUUUUAAAAUAUAGUGUGGGCAAUAGCUAAUGCAUGAUUUUAGAAUAAUUUACAGUAAAAACUCAAUAAAGGUGGUGUUUUUUUCUUCUUACUGUCAGCAUUACAACUACAUGCAACACUGAUCUACAACACAGACAGCCAAAUGGUUGAUUAGCC